GAUGUGCAGGCAAGCUUGCACAAGGACGGUGAGGCAAGCGCACCGAGGACGCGCAUCUCAUGUGGAGGUUUGAUCGGAGGGGCCAGAUUUGAGGAGGUAUUGCGGAGUUCUAAAUUUGACUCAUGAACUAUGAAAGAAGUUGCGCGCGUGCUUUCAGUGAAUUUGGAUAAUUAUGGUUUGCCACAAACAUUUAUCACCCAGUUGAGAUUUCAUUGAAAUAAUCCGAAUCGUGUGUGGGAUUGUUAUUCUCAAGGUGAUGGAUACAAUUGCGUUGGCUGUGUUUAAACUUUUAGUGGUUGGAAUUUUGGUGAACUCUUGGAUGACAAGAGGUUUGUCAGCCACGGAGAAUAUCAAUGUUGAGUCUAUACCACGAAGGCCUAGUGUGGCUCUGUGCAACGAGACCCAGCUACUGUGGGAGAUGGAGGUGUGUGGGGAGGAAUUCAAGCGAAAGAUGGACCACGUGGAUCCCCAGAACUGGUGCAACUUAACACACUUCAUCAGUGAGUACCACCUCUUCUCGCUGUGCACAGAGACCAACGCCGAGCGCAUCAACUGCUACUGGCCCAACCCGCUGGUGGAGAGCUACAUUAUCCGCAUCCACAAGCACUUCUUCUUCAACUGCACCCUGGACCGGGUGAUCUUGGUGGACCCGCCGGACGACACACUCACCAUCCUCAUCCUCGUCCCUGUCUUCCUCACCCUGGCCAUGAUCGCACUGGUGGUGUGGUGCAGCAAGCGCAGCGACAUCCUGGAUUAGGAUGUUGGUUGGUUCGGUUCCCAUGUGACUGUCCAGCAUGGCUGUCCAGAGACCCAUGAACGUCUUUCAAUGUAUAUAGUUUAUUGACCCCCAGAUGAGGAAUUGGGUUAGGGAAGACAGGUAGGGAACCUACGGAGGGAACUUUUGUUUGUUCAUUGUGUCAUUUCAGGAUUAUAGUGGAUUGAAGGGAUCAAAAGAAGCCACUUAACGCCUUUGAAGGAGAUUCAAACUCAAUUUUUCUAGCUAUGGACUGUCCAAGGCCUUUUCAUAUAUAUACUAUACCCAAGGACCCAAGACACAUACGAGACAUUCAGGAUUGUUGAUCCUAUGUGUGAAAUGGGACUGAGGUCCAGGGACUGCUUCAAUAUCAUAAUUUAUAAGACAACGUUAAGCUUUUGGAUAUAUUCUCAUGAAGAGUCGUCUCAAUAGGAGAACAUGGACAAGCUGAGACCUGAAUAUGUACAGUACUUUUCUGUACCAGUGCCGUCUACUGUAAAGAAACGACAUUUUCGUCCUAAAUCGCCCACCAUGCUUUCUGUACAGUACUGUUUCUGGAACUAUUGCCUUCUUCACGCUUCCUCAUCUGUUCUUAUGUGCUGUCACUAUCGGGUCAAGCUGCAAAGACGGAUAAAAAAACAAACAUCUAAGAAAUCCUGAUUUAACUAAGCCCUAACCUUAACCACACCCCUAACCUUAUGCCUAACCCAAACCUUAAAUAAAGACAGAAAAAGCACAUUUUCAUGUUCAUACAUGUUCGUGAUAUAGGGAAUUCUGACUGCAGCUUGGCCAUUGAGUAUGAACAAGCCCUAUAUGUGUACAUUAGACUAGAGCAGUUGUUCUCUUGCAGUAAAACGGUUGUUUGUGGGGCGCCGGCCUGCGCAACCAAAUUUACCUUCAUUAUUUCUCAUGUCUCUGGGUUGUCGUGGCAAUGCCUCAGAAGUUGUUAUCACUGAUUGCACUGCUUAUUUGGUGUAAUCUCAGCAGGAAUUCUGCUCACACUAAUUUUUAUUUAAUUCCCCUGUUUAAUCGUUCCGAGGUGUGGGAGGUAGGAACAUAAAUCAAUGUCAAGAUUACGGACUCAUUUUGAGAUAGUUUCAUUUUGCCAGAAGUAAACUUUUGGUAUUGAGGAGCUAUUGGAUUAUUUACUGUACUGCUAUUUAAUGUUUUAAUUAAAUGACUUAGAAUAAGUCCCUGCUUUGGUUAUUAA